AUGUUUGGUCGACUAUCAACUAUACUACCAUUGCAUGCCCACGCUUUGAUUACUAGGGCAUCCAACCUUGCAAGACAUCCACGACAAGGAAAUCACUUUUCGACCACAAGGUUGUUUCAGCAGACAUCCGAAACGAAAACGAAAACGAAAUCAACAAGAAAACCAAAAGCAAACAGUGCCACGACGACCCAAAAGAACAACAGCAACAAUAACAGUGAAAAGGUAAUCAAUUUGCAUACUAUUCCACUGGAGGAACUGGAAGAAGUCGUUGUUUCAUUAGGACAUCCCAAAUAUAGAGCCAAACAAGUAUAUAACUGGGUUCGAGUACAGGGUGUUACGGAUGUUUCACAAAUGAAUAAUAUUCCGAAAAAACUAAAGGAGGACUUGGAGCGAUUUGCAGCUGUCGGAUCCCUUACCUUGGACAUGGAACAAAUCUCGAAGGAUGGGACAACAAAAAGAGCUUACCGUUUGGAAGAUGGGCAAUUGAUCGAGUCUGUACUCAUGCCAUACACCGAUGGCCGUUACACUGCCUGUAUUUCAAGUCAAGCAGGUUGCGCCCAAGGAUGUGUCUUUUGUGCCACUGGACAGAUGGGUUUCAGUCGACAGUUGACGGCAGAUGAAAUUUUUGAGCAAGUAGCUCGCUUCGCUUCCGAGUUGUCACAACAGGAUCAACAGGAGAAGAAAGAACUGAAAAAACAGAAUAGCAAUGGAAAAGGACAAACGCAAGAACACUACAGCAGGAAUCAACAACAAAAGACUUCCGGAAGAUCAACAAGACUAUCAAACCUUGUAUUCAUGGGGAUGGGAGAACCACUUGCCAAUUAUAAAAACGUAAAGAAGGCCAUCCAACGUAUUCAAUCCGAAUUGGGAAUUGGUCACCGCAAGAUUACAGUCAGUACAGUAGGGAUUGUUCCAAACAUUUACAAAAUGGCCGAAGAAUUGCCACAAGUUCGACUGGCUGUCAGCCUGCACUGCGCGAAUGACGAAGAAAGAAGCGAUCUGCUCCCUGCCAACAAACGCAAUGGGGGAUUGAAAGAGUUGAUGAAAGCACUACAGGACUACAUUAGUACCACUGGAAAGCGGGUGACAUUGGAAUGGGCGCUCAUUGAAGGGGAAAAUGAUACCCCAGAGACGGCACACGAACUGGGGAGAUUGAUCAAGAAGUGGUUGCGAAAGGACAUGGUUCACAUCAACGUGAUUCCACUCAACCCGACGGGUGGAUUUGGCGGAAGUCCUUCUGGUCGGCAAAGAGUGAAUGCCUUUUGCGCUAUCUUGGAAGACAAAUAUGGAGUUGCUUGCACGCCACGGGUUCGACGGGGAAUUGAUAUCAAUGCCGGAUGUGGCCAACUCAAGGCAGAAGUGGAGAAAAGAGAAAAGGAAUCGACCACCUUGGCACAAGGAGAAGAAGAAGCAAGCCCACAAGAACAAGAGCCUGAAUUGUUGGUAUCAGAAACGAAUUUGGUGGAUUCGAUCCAAGUUGAGCAAGAUUUACAAUUUGCUUUGAAUGAAUUGGCCAUUGAAAUAUCCGACGAAGAAGAUUGGGAAGACUAUGAGUACAAAACCGAGGAUGAACUGGCAGAGGCCGAUCGAUUGAUUGAUUUGGUUAAGGGAACCACAAUUACUGUAGACACCCAAGUAGGUGGCCUGUCCGAAACGGAGGCCAAAUCAUAA